AUGGUCGGCGGUGGGCAAGGGGCGUUUAUUGGCCCGGUGCACCGCAUGGCGGCUGAACUCGAUGGCCACGCAGAAUUAGUCUGCGGCGCCUUUGCCUCAGAUCCGCAGCGAUCACAAACUUCUGGUCAGGAAAUAUACCGUCUGCCGGCCCAGCGCUGCUAUCCAGACUAUGCGGCCAUGUUUGCACAGGAGCGGGCGCUGCCCGAAGACGUGCGCAUGGACUUUGUCGUGAUUGUGACCCCUAAUCAUCUGCAUGUCCCCGUCGCGCAGGCGGCCCUUGAAGCAGGUUUUCAUGUGGUUUGUGACAAGCCCAUGGCCAUGCACGCCGAUGAGGCCGGGCAACUGGCGGCCCAGGUGCGCAGCACAGACCUGAAGUUUGCGUUAACGCAUAAUUACACCGGCUAUCCGAUGAUCAGAGAGGCCCGGGAUCUGGUGUCCAGCGGUGCGCUGGGUCCUGUGCGGCGUGUCAGCUGUGCUUAUCUGCAGGGUUGGCUGGCGCAGGAUGUGCAGGACAGCAAACAGGCUCAGUGGCGAACAGAUCCCGCCCGGGCAGGUUCGGCUGGGUGUUUUGGAGACAUCGGCAGCCACGCAGAAAACCUCUUGAGUUUUGUCAGUGGCUUGGCGAUUGAAGCCGUUUGUGCAGACCUUUCAACCUUUGUCGCGGGUCGAAGCCUUGACGACGACGGUAAUGUGCUUUUGCGCCUGGGUGAUGGUGCGCGCGGCAUCAUCAGCGCAAGUCAGAUAGCAAUAGGCAAAGAAAAUGAUCUCACGCUGCAGCUUUAUGGUGAAAAAGGUGGCCUGGAGUGGCGACAGAGUGAUGCCAAUUCUCUGAUUGUUCGCUGGCCUGACAAACCCUAUGAGGUGAGGCGCAGUGGCGGACCGGGCACGGGUGCCAAUGCCCAGGCGGCAACCCGCAUUCCUGCCGGACAUCCCGAAGGCUAUAUUGAGGCGUUUGCGCAGACGUAUCGAGACUUCUGUCUGGAUCUGCGCGGUUUACCCUUUGAUGAUUAUCCUUCUAUUGAGGACGGUUUACGGGGUAACCGGUUUAUCGACGCUGUGGUAAAAAGUUCUGCUCAGGAUUGCACCUGGUUUAUGGAUGAUACAGAGCCCUUCAACAGCAUCGAUCAGAUGGCAAAAUGGGCGGCGGACAUGGGCUUUGUCGGCGUACAGGUACCGAUCGGAAAUCCGGCGUUCAUUGAUGUUGCGCUGGCUGCCGAGAGCAAAACCUAUUGUGAUGAGCUUAAAGGCCGGGUUGAGGCGCAAGGUGUGGUUAUCACCGAGUUGUCGACCCAUCUGGAAGGGCAGUUGGUAGCGGUUCAUCCGGCCUACGACGAAUUGUUUGAUGGAUUUGCCGCUCCACAUGUGCGUGGUAAUCCUGCAGCCAGAACUCAGUGGGCAAUACAACAGGUAACGUUAGCGGCGAAAGCCAGCGCGAACCUGGGCUUGACCGAACAGGUUUCUUUCUCGGGUUCUCUGCUGUGGCCGAUGAUGUAUCCAUGGCCUCAGCGUUCACCCGGAUUAGUCGAAGAGGGCUUUGCCGAACUUGCGCGCCGCUGGCGGCCGAUACUGGAUGCCCAUGAAGAAGCUGGCGUAAACGUCUGUUACGAAAUUCAUCCCAGCGAGGAUCUGCAUGACGGCAUAACGUUUGAACGAUUCCUCGAAGCGGUAGACGGGCAUAGCCGUGCCAAUAUCCUCUACGAUCCCAGCCAUUUUCUGUUGCAGCAACUCGACUAUCUGAGCUUUAUUGAUAUCUAUCAUGAGCGCAUAAAAAUGUUCCAUGUCAAAGAUGCUGAGUUUAAUCCCACCGGACGCAGUGGCAUUUACGGGGGGUAUCAGGACUGGUUGCAACGGCCAGGAAGAUUUCGUUCGUUAGGCGAUGGGCAGAUUGAUUUCAAAGCCAUAUUUUCCAAGCUGGCCGGCUACGAUUACCAGGGCUGGGCGGUGCUGGAAUGGGAGUGUUGUCUGAAACAUCAGGAAGAUGGCGCUCGUGAAGGCGCGGCGUUUAUCAGGGACCAUAUUAUUCGCGUUACAGACAAAGCGUUCGACGAUUUUGCCGCCAGCGGUACCGAUGCACAGCAGCAGAAAUACCUGCAGGACGGCUACCUCAGCGUGGAAAGCUUUGUUGAUGGCGAAUGGCUGAAGCAACUGCAGGCCGUGACCCAGGAAUUUGUAGAGGUCAGUCGUCACAUUGAAGGGAAAGACGCGCGCUUCGAUCUGGAGCCUGAUCAUAGUGCCGAUGCGCCGCGAAUCCGACGGCUUAACUCACCGGUGGAUCAACACGAAACCUACUGGGCCUUUGCCAGCAGCGGCCCGGUUGUUGAUGUUGCGCAGGACCUGCUGGGGCCCAAUGUUAAAUUCCAUCAUGCCAAGCUGAACUUCAAGUGGGGUGGCGGUGGUGAAGAAGUGAAGUGGCACCAGGAUAUACAAUUCUGGCCGCAUACAAAUUACGACGUGCUGACCAUUGGUGUUUACCUGGAUGACGUUACACCAGAAAUGGCACCCAUGGGUGUGAUUCCGGCUAGUCAUAAUGGCCCGUUGUUUGAUCUUUACGAUGAACAAGGCCACUGGACCGGCAAUAUUCGUGAUGCCGAUCUGCCAAAAAUAGAGGCUGAAAAGGCGGAAUAUCUGGGUGGCCCUGCGGGUUCGAUAACCGUGCACAAUUGCCGCAGCGUGCAUGGUUCGCCACCUAAUUUAAGUGACCGACCCAGGCCAUUGUUGCUGAUGGCGUACAGCGCUGCAGAUGCAUUGCCAAUUACCAAUCUCACCAGCGGCGGCAAACAUGCGGAGACUAUCGUUCGUGGCGAAUCCGCACGUUGGGCCAGGUUUGACCCGCGUCCAGUACUCAUGCCCCCGGACUGGUCGAAAAGUAAUUACGGCUUUGUCCCCCAUACGUUGUCGGACGACGGUGAUCCCAUUGACGUGCUGGUAGCCAAUACCCGCGCGAUCACCCCAGGUGCUGUGGUUAAUUGCCGGCCGAUUGGUGUGCUCAUGAUGAGAGAUGAAGCCGGUCAUGAUGAGAAAGUUGUGGCCGUACCUUCAACCCGGCUGACCCGUCGUUAUGAAAACGUCAAAGACAUACACGAUCUGCCCCAGAUCACAUUAGAUCAGAUAGCCCAUUUCUUUGAGCACUACAAAGACCUGGAAGAUGGCAAAUGGGUUGAAGUUGAACGCUGGGGUGGUGUGGACGAUGCCAAACGCCUGAUAAAGGGCACUGCCAUCAGGCAAAGUACCACGGACACUGUGUUCUUCGACAAAACCUUCUGCUGUACUGGCGCGAAUGGCUUCGGCGUAGUGAAAGUCUUUCACUUUCUGAUGCACUGCCUGGUUAAAGCUCAGCAGUGUAUCCAGAUCCAUUGCUGGGCGAUGGUUCUGAAUGGCUUUCAGAUCUGUGCUACACAAGCUUCUGGCGGCAUCAUCGUCACCGCUUUGAAAGGGAGAACAGUUAUGGCCAUUCGUAUUGACCCUGUCACAGGGUUGAAAAUUUUUGAUACCCGUGCCGCCAAGGCUACGGAAAAGAUAUCUGGCAAGGGAUACUCGCUGGUUGCUGAUGAAGCGCUGAAAACAUUGCCGCCGGUACCCGCAGGCGCCGUUUUUGAUGCGCAAGAACAGGCCAAAUACAAAGCUUUUAAAGAAGCGCGGGCGGGUGCCGCAGACUACAUGGCGAUGGAAGGUGAGUUCAGUCGCUAUCUGGAAGACGUGUACUCAGCUGAUCCGGUAGAACGUGAGUCACUCCACGACGAAUGUGAAAUCGUGGUAGUAGGAGCGGGCUUUGCCGGUCUGUUGUUGUGGUACAAGCUGCGCGAGGCAGGUUUCACGGAUGUGCGUUUCUGUGAAAAAGGUGGUGACGUGGGUGGUACCUGGUACUGGAAUCGAUAUCCCGGUAUAGCCUGUGAUGUUGAGUCUUACAGCUAUCUGCCGCUGCUUGAAGAGAUGGGCUAUGUGCCCUCCAUGAAAUUUGCCGCCGGCUUUGAAAUCAUGGAGUACUGCCAGUCCAUGGCAGAGAAAUUUGGUUUCUAUGACAAGUGCCUGUUUCAUACCACUGUCGAGCAAACCCAAUGGCACGAAGAUACCGCGCGCUGGAGUGUGAAAACUGAUCGCGGUGACGACAUGAAGGCGCGGUUUGUGAUUCUGGCUAACGGUAUACUUACGACGCCAAAGCUGGCAAAAAUCGAUGGUAUGGAAACGUUUCAGGGUGAUUCGUUCCAUACCUCACGUUGGGAUUACAAAAUUGAUCUUAAGGGUAAGCGCGUUGGCAUCAUUGGCACCGGAGCAACCGCGGUGCAGGCCGUGCCUGAGCUGGCUAAAACCGUUGGUGAGCUGUAUGUCUUCCAGCGUACCCCGUCAUCCAUUGACGUGCGCGAUCAGCGGGAAACCACUGAGGAAGAACGCCGAACCUGGGCCACUGAGCCGGACUGGGCAAAGAAACGUCGUGCACGGUUUGCCAGAAUUUCAGAAGGUCGCACAGCGCUGAAAGCUAACGAUGAUUAUCUGGCGGGAAAGGUAGACGAUUACAAAGAGCGAAAAUCCCAUGCAACCAGGCUUUCUGCAGAAGAGUUGGUUGAGAAACAGUUGCAGACCAAUUUCCGCAUCAUGGAACAGAUACGCGCCAGGGUAGAUGCGAUAGUGCAGGAUCCGAAAACGGCUGAGGCGCUUAAGCCCUAUUAUCCGUAUGGCUGCAAACGGCCGACGUUCCACGAUGAAUAUCUGCCUGCAUUCAAUCUGCCCCACGUGCAUCUGGUAGAUACCGCGCCAAGAGGCGUGAGUGAGAUCAAUGAACGUGGUGUGGUUCACGACGGCGUUGAAUAUCCGUUGGAUGUUCUGAUUUACGCCACCGGCUUUCAGUGGAUGGCCACAUCAACUUUUAACAUGAUUAUGGGACGUGACGGUCAAACUCUGCGGGAUAAGUGGCAGGGUCAAGGUACCAAAACCUUUCUCGGUCUGCACAGCAAAGGCUUCCCCAACCUGUUUAUUAUUUCUGGCCCCCAGGGUGGUGGCGGCAGCUUCAAUUUUACCAACGCCAUUGAAGAACAUGCCGAUUAUGUUGUGUGGAUGUUGUCGACAAUGCGUGACCGAGGUGCGCGGACUGUAGACGUGAAACAGGCGCCUGAAGAUGAAUAUGCAGAGCACUGCCGCAUGGCAGAUCAGGUCACACGGCCACUCCGUGACUGCAUAACUUAUUACAACGGCCACGGCGAAGCCGAGCCGGGAGAACCUGGAGCCCUACGUUUUCGGCUGAGCGCCAUGCGACCGGCUGCAACUGCGCUUUUCUGCCUGCUGCUGGCGGCUGGAGCAGGGCACUUAAGUGAGCCGGCUGCAGCUGCGGAUACAGAUGCGCCAAAAGCAAGCAGUUUACCCGCCGGGCUGACUGACGAUCCCCUGCUGAACUCCCGCUUUAUUCUCUACGGUGCGGGGAACAAUCGAACGCGCGCGCUACGCUGGACCAAACGCCGCGGUGACCCGGAUAUGGCGGCAGCACUUAUCCACGCGAUGCGUUUUGCCAUGCCAAAGCAGCGCGAUGAUCUGGUGCAGACGCUUCAGAGUAUUACCAAACGGCGCUAUGGUGAUAACUGGUUGCGUUGGAUGCAGUGGCUGCAGGCAAACCCGGAAACAGAACCCUUCAAGGGCUUUGACAUUUUUCUCAGUGCACUGCUGGGGAGUCUUGAUCCCGGAUUCAAAGAUUUUAUUUAUCCUGGUGUGAAACAUGCCAUUCGCCUUGAGGAAGUUGUCUGGGGCGGUGUUGGCAGUAAAGACGGUAUUCCUGCUCUGGACACACCCAGAUAUGUUCUAGCCUCUGAAGCGGACUAUCUGACGCCCCAGGAUCUUGUUUUUGGCGUCAACAUCAAUGGCGAUACGCGUGCCUACCCCCACCGCAUUAUGGAUUGGCAUGAGAUGGCCAAUGAUGUGGUCGGCGGUGUGCCUGUGGCCCUGGCUUAUUGUACGUUGUGUGGCUCCGGGAUUUUGUAUGACACGUCUGUGGCAGGCACAAACGAGUUGUUGGUCUUUGGCUCUUCUGGAUUAUUAUAUCGCUCUAACAAGCUGAUGUUUGAUCGCAAAACCAAUUCCUUGUGGAACCAGUUCACCGGUCGUCCUGUGGUAGGCGCGCGGGUUGGAUCCGGGGUUGAGCUCGUUACCUUACCGCUGGUCACCACCAGCUGGUCGAAAUGGUUGGCCAAGCAUCCGAAUACAAAAGUGCUCGACAUCAACACCGGCUUCACGCGAGAUUAUUCUGCCGGCGCGGCCUACGGCAAAUACUUCAAGAGUGCCAAGCUGAUGUUCCCGACGCUCACAGAUGAUCGCCAGCUUAAACAGAAAGAACAGGUUUUUGGAUUGCGUAUGAGUGGCGUUGAUCGUGCCUGGCCGCUGAGCGCGUUCGAAGGCGGACGGGUGAUCAACGAUCAGGUGGGGGUACUAAAACUUGUUCUGAUUGGAGAUGCACAAACCCGCACAGUGCGGGCUUACCGACGCGGUGACAACAAGUUCACUGCAUCCGUUCAUGGCGACACGGUGCUGUUGGCAGGCGAUGUACAGUGGACAAUGACGGAAGCGGCAUUGAUCAGUGUCGAGGGUGAGCUGUUAUCGCAACUGUCCGAGCGGCACAGUGCAUUGCACUUGAACCUGGACGAAUGGAUGGUCGUGUUGUUUCGCCCGGAUCGACCGGAGGUCGAUUUCCUGCGGUGGUACAACGAGCGCAAGCAGCGCUGUAUAGAGCAGAUCUGGGCCAUUGCGCUCAAAUGCAACCUGGUGGAAAUUGCCGUGGUGCUGGAGUUAGGUCUGGUACAACAGGCUGAUCGCGUCGCUUUUUAUGACAGGGCUGCUGAUGCGGAUCUCGAUCUGCAGGUUGUGGUGCUUGAUGCGCCUCGCGAAGAGCGCAUGGCGAGAGUACAAACGCGUAAUGUGGAACAGGGUGACACGUUCCAGAUGCUGGUUUCCGACGAAAUUUUUGCAAUCGCCGAUGCUGCCUGGCAGGCGCCGGAUGAUAAAGAGUUGGCGUUGCAAUCGAUUGUUAUGAUCGACACGGCCUGA